AUGACUAUGACACUUGAGGAAAACACUCUACAAAAUUUAAUCCCUACCUCAUUAACCUUCGAUUGUUUCGAAGAAAUACUGAGUCAUCUAAUAGAUUCUCCCAAAACUCUCUACUCAUGUAUAUUGGUCAACCGUCUAUGGUGUCGGACUGCCAUCCCUCUUUUAUGGAGUCACCCCUUCGAAGUACAUGGUUUUGGUGAGCGUUCUUCCGAUAUAAUCCAAAUGUACAUCUCUUGCUUACCUGAAGACGAACGUCAACUUUUAAUUGACGAAGCUUUGAUUCGGCUUUUUUUUACUGGUGCUAUAAUGUCUUGGCUUACAACUCGUGCAAAUUAUCGUCUCGAUUCUGAGAAGGAUGAUGAUCCUGAUUUAUGUACUUACACCUAUCUUGUACAAUGUGUAAUAGGAAAUCUAUUAUUUAGUCAUAGUAAAGGAUUAAGAGAUCUAGAUCUUGCUCAUUUCGAAGAUGAUGAUGAUUCUUUAAUAAUUGAUAUUGCUACUUUUGAUGAUGCGAAUAAAGCUUUAUCAAGAUUAGAAAAUUUUCAAUUUGAUUAUUCUGGUUGGAAAUUAAAUGAUACUGAUGAUGAUAAGUCUUCAGAAAUUAUUUCAAAUUUAUUUAAUUUCAUGGCUGAAUAUGAUGAAUUAGUACAAAUUGCAAAAAGUUUUAAAAGAUUAAUCGAAGCACAAAAAGCUGUUAGAGAAUUAAUUAUUGUGGAAUUUUGGAGUCCAUAUGUUGCAGAUAUUUUAUUUAAUUCUUUAAUAUGUCAAUGGAAAUCUUUGACUUAUUUGAAAUUUCAUCAUUUGGAUAGUGAUCAAUUUGGACUUUUGUUACCUAUUCUACCUAUUCUCGUUAAUUUGAUGUCUAAUAAUAAUUUGAGGACAUUAUAUUUGGAAGAUGUUACUCCUUUUCUCACUCAACAGAUUGGAAAUAAUUGUAAACAUUUAACGCAUUUGUCCUUAACUUUGGUUACACCUGAAAUUCCUGACCUAUUAUUUACGCUACUUAGAUCUUUAAAAAACUUGGUUCAUUUUUCAUUAUAUAGUAAUUCAACUGAAUGUCCUUUUCUUUCAACCGAUAGUUUGACUAAAUUUUCUGAGGCGAUACCAGAAUGUUUAAAAUAUUUUGGGUUUAAAUUGUCUAUUGAUGCAUGUAUUUUAGAGUUCUUUUUAAAUCAAUGCAGUGCAAAUUUGCAGGUGUUGGCCAUAUAUCGACCGGAAAUCGUUGAUGGUUUAUUUCUAGAUGUGUUGA